AUGGGGCCCGAGGGGCUCGAGAAGCCGGAGACCCCAGACAAAACCGAGAAAAGAUCUCGUCGACGUGGGGCCGAACUCGAUCCAUUCAUUCGCACCCGGCUCUGUGUGCUCAGAACCACAGCCAAAUGGACCUACAAACAAAUCCACGAUGAAUACCCGCAUAUCCCCCUCUCGACCAUCAAAUCCACCAUCCUCCGAGAAAGCAACCGAAUCAAUAACCACUCAUUAGCCCGCUCUGGCCGACCGUCGAAGCUGAAGGACGAAGAUCGAGCCCGAAUCCGGGAAGCUUUCCACGCGAAUCCUCAAAUUACAUACGAUGAACUACUGGUGGUGGUUGAUAAUAAAGUUGGCAAGGAGUCGCUUCGUCGGUUUUUGAAUGAUGACGGGUUGAGGAAGACACAGACGCCUGCUCGGUCCUCUUUGGCUGGGAAAACAGAUACCAAGCAAGUUGAUGGGGCUCAAGCUGCUCAGUCAUACGAUACACCUCCCGCUGGCUGGGCUGGUGAUUUAGGGUCUGGUCUAGCACCCAGCGAGUCGGAAGAUCCUGCAUCUGCUACAGCGAAUCAAGUCGUCCGCAAUUAG